AAGGUCUCCUCGUGGGUCCUAGUGAUCCUAUGUUUUUACAGGAGGGAAACUUCGCUAUCCAGUAGGCUACAGCUACAAACUGUUUGGAGUUUGAUUCACAUUUCUUUAAAAACAGUUGUCAGGAGAAAAUACGGUGGUUUUAAAAAUCUAAUUAAAGGUUCCUAUCCAUCAGUUUAAGGAGCGGCAGAAGUCAUGUCUGGUAUAGCUUUGAGUCGCCUCGCUCAAGAACGAAAGGCUUGGCGGAAAGAUCAUCCGUUUGGUUUUGUAGCUGUUCCAACCAAAAACCCAGAUGGAACGAUGAAUCUGAUGAACUGGGAGUGUGCCAUCCCUGGAAAGAAAGGGACACCGUGGGAAGGCGGCUUGUUCAAACUGCGGAUGCUCUUCAAGGACGAUUACCCGUCCUCCCCUCCAAAAUGUAAAUUUGAGCCGCCACUUUUCCACCCAAACGUAUAUCCAUCCGGCACGGUGUGUCUAUCCAUUCUAGAGGAGGACAAAGACUGGAGGCCAGCGAUUACGAUCAAGCAGAUCUUGCUAGGAAUCCAAGAACUCCUAAACGAGCCAAAUAUUCAGGAUCCUGCACAAGCGGAGGCGUACACAAUUUACUGCCAAAACAGAGUGGAAUAUGAAAAAAGGGUCCGAGCACAAGCCAAAAAGUUUUCUCCGUAAGCCUCGAUGUCGCUGUGACUGAAAGAACAUUGGACCGCGCGACCCUGCAGUACUUCCUGUCUGCUCCUCUCAUUACUCUUAUCCACUUUCCACUAAUUUCCAUGCAGGUGUGAUGAAAACUGAAUGUGCCAUUGUCAUGUCCAGUGACGCCCACCUAACCGAGCGCUCUAUGGGCUCAUAAUCUGACUGUCUUUUGGGGGGGAAAUAAAUAAAUAAGCGGACGUCACCAUCGCCACCUAUUGAAGUGAAUUGGCGCAAAGGCGCUCGUUCCAGGACUCCUGGGGUGCCACGGCUCUGCACGAUUUCCCAUGUUUUCCCUCCUCUUGCACACUUGAAUCACAGCCUAAUUAGCUAAUGAGAUGAAACCGAGUGUGUUUGAUCAGGGAAAACGAAAUGACAUUUCUGUGGCUUUUCUCUUCGACAGGCCUGUCUCACGAAGCACGAUUUAUUGUUUAGCUAUCUAACUUUAAGCAUAGCUCGAUCUAACCCUGUGUGUACUGCCUCGUAGUGAUGGAGCAGGUUUUACCAGGCUGCGUUGUCAUGGUAACCGCACGCCUCAACCUAUACCAGGCCAGGCGUAUGAGUUCAGGAUCACGGACCGUAAAGCAGCUCUUCGGCCGCUCGUUUGUUCCCUGACUUACCAAAUUCAGCAGUCCUCUCUGGAAAUGGUCUCGACAUUGUUUGAAAGUUUCACAGGUUUUAUGAGAGGGUCUCUUUACAGGUCAAUGUUCAUUUUCCUUUUGGUUUUUCCCUGCUCUGGGCCAGGUAAGAUGAUUUUGUGCAGUAUUAAAACCUAAGCUACUUUAAUUGAUCAGCCACCAAUCAUGAAUGAACAGCUACUUUUCAGAUUAUCACUACAGCCCUGAGGUGACACGAGGCCACUUUUGCAAUAAGAUAAAUGUUCAGAUGUUGCAUAUGCCACUUCAUUUUGUGUAUAGGCUUGACUGUAUUUUAGGCACAGUGAUAAUAGGAAUAUUAUAUUUUCCACUAAGCUUCUUUGCUAAAAUCAGUAUGCUCAGUGGCUUCCUCUGUUCUCAUUCUUUUCCUUGUGUAGCUGACCUACAUGCUGUUUGCGUGAGCCUCGGUGUGUGCUCACAAGCUUGAAUACCACAUAUCCUGGUUCAGAGUGUGUUCCACAGAUAAAAAAAAAAAAGUGGACUCGGUUAUUCACACACUGUGUGAUCAUAGAUGAUGCACUAUAUUGCCAAAAGCAUGUGGACACCCGACCAUCACACCCAUAUGCGGUUCUUCCACAAACAAUUGCCACAAAGAUAUCUCUGUAUGUUGUUUUCCCUUCACUGGAACUCAAACGUGUUCCAUCAUGACGAUGCCCCUGUGCACAAAGCGAGCUCCAUGAAGACAUGGUUUGAGAAGGUUGGAAGGAAGUGGAAGAACUAGUGUCCUACACAGAGCCCUGACCUCAACCCCGCUGAUCACCUUUGGGGUGAAUUGGAACUGAAGCCUCAACAUCUCACUAAUGUGCUGGUAACUGAAUGAACACAAAUCCCCACAGCCACGCUCCAGAAUCUAGUGGAAAGAUGUCCCAGAAGUGUGGCGCUUAUUUAACAGCAAAGUGGGAACAACUCAUUAUUAUUAUUAUUAUUAUUAUUAUUAUUAUUAUUAUUAUUAUUAAUAUUAAUAUUAAUAAUACCCAUGGUUUUGGAAAGGGAUGUUCAAUACCCGGGUGUCUGAAUACUUUUGACCAUAUAGCGCACAUGCACAUGACGUAUCAAAAGUUUGGUUGGAGUUGCUAGAAGUAAACUCAAGGCGCACACACUUUCCAUCACUAUCAUUAGAUAUUACCUGCUUCUCAUCCUCUUGUCCUGUUCAGGGCAUGGUACUUCCUGUUUGCUGAAAUGGUAAUUCACACUAAUUAAUGAAUUAAAAGGCAUUUUCUUGGAGACCUCUUCCUUGGCAGUAGCAAUGGCAUUUAUUAAAUCUUGGUUUAUAGUCAUAUUUUCUUAGUGUCUGAUCUUGUUCUGUAAAAUGUGUUGCCUGAGACCCCACCAUGCUUCACACCAUCGACUGCUCGCAACAAACCCGUGUAAUCCUGGAUCGUGCAUACUUGGAUCGACAGAACCCACAAUAAAUUGAAUUGCAUUCGCGACACAUUUAUAGCAUACCCUGUAUGUUAUACAGUCUGAAUAGGUUAGGGACGCAGUUAAUAUUAAACCUGCUUCGUGAGACACUUCCCUGGUCAGAAGAUGAUGAGCAUUUGUUGUUUAUAUUUGCUACAGAGCUUCAUAUGUGCAAAAAAAAAAAAAGAAAGGAAAAAAAAAGAAGGCACUGAAAAUGAUCCACAUGAAACAUGAUUAAAGCAGAAGGUAAUUUUGUUGUGCUCCUGUUUUUUUUUUCUUUUCUUCCCCCCCUCCUCCUCCCCCCCAAUCUGGCCUCCGUUUAUUCUCUUCAGCGAUUUUAAUGAUAUAAGACAUGCUGUUACUUAAACGUCAGUAUUCCAACUGCUGUAAAAUGUUGCUUUUAUACUUUAAUGAUUUUUUUUUUUUUAAUUAGUGUGUCUAUAUUACUUUCCAUUCCUGGUGUGGGCAGUGUAGACAGCAUGUUGUAAUAUACAGUAUGAUAGAUUUUUGCUGCCUUGGCCAACUUAAAAAAAAAAAACAAACAAAAAAAAGCCCACUGAGUAAAAACUGAAAGAUAUACAGUGAUCUGUGUCGGUGUUUUUGUUCUUGUAAGUGUUUAGAGUAAAUAAAAUGUUUAUACAUUGCCGAA